UGUUAUGAAAGUGGCGGAAGUAUUCAAAGAGAAACAACUUGGUGACUAGUCUUUAUUUCAAUAGUCUAGAUCUAGAUCUAUCGAUAGAUCUACUAGAUAUUAGAUUAUUUUAUAAUUAUAGAUCUACGAACAUUUCCUCUUAUAAAUUCCAAUUAAUGGUAGGCUCUUGUGUAAAAAAAAUGUCAGAAAAUUGUACAUCGAAUGAUAAUGUAAAUAUUGUAAAGGUUGCAGCUGCUACCAACGACAACAAAGAGUUGAAAGACCAAAAUCCAAAAGAUGAAGAUGGAGACGAUUCCAAUAAAUUUGUGUACGAGACGCAACUGUUUGAAUUCACUCCUAUUACUUUUUUAAAUGGAAUGUAUAAUGCAGUUUGUGAUUUUUACAGGCAGGCCUUGAAAACAUUCUGUGAUGCAUGUAAAGAAAGGUGUCCCGACUUAAAAGAAGAUCAGUUGCGGCAGUCCCGGCAUCUAAUAAGUGAACGUAUCGACAAAGACAUCUGUAAGAUAUUUGAUACCUUAGAGUAUUACUCAUUAAAUCAAGUGUUUGCAAUACCUGAGAAUGCAGUGUUGCCAGAAGACAAAUGCCAGCUUGCAGCUAGAGACAAAGAACAUGACAUUAGUGAAAUAGAGAAGAGAAAAAAUGAAGUCAAAAAGAAAAUAAUUGCCAUGAAAUAUGCAAAUGCCGUAUUAAGUCAGCAUUUAGAAAAUGCUGAAGCACUACAAGGCACACUAGAUACCAUGUUAAAAAAUAUUUCUUCAAAUGGUACUAUUUCACAAGUCACAGCCAAAGGCUUAAAAGACUGGUUGUCGUACACAUCUCAGUUACUGACCCAAGAAGAAAAUGCUGUGUGAUUCAUGAUGAUAUUGUGUAGACAUUGCAGUUAAUAAAGUUUCACCCUUU